AUGGAGCUGCAGAGACAUUCCAGAUCUAUAAGGGAUCCUCAUAAAUUAUCAGAAGCAUUGGAUUGCCUGCAAGAACCCAAAAGCAAUGUGGGACAGCACAUCAAGCUGGAGAUGGGGGUUGAGGGAGAGGAUGUCCCUCCUUCACCCCCUAAACUCUCUCGGCCACCAGCACCUUCUCCUAGCGGCACCCUUGUUCAGAGUUUGAAUGGCUUACCGGGAACAGACAGGCGGGUACACGCUCCAGGAGUGACCACAACAGGCCUCGACCAAGGAGAAACCUCUCGACUAGGGCGUUACCUGUUGAUUGACAGUCAGGGGCUGCCAUACACUGUACUGGUGGAAGAGGGAGUGGGGACACCAGGGGGCCCUGAAGGGGGUGGGAGUGGGGGGGCCUUGCGCAAGGUAUACAGCUGCCCUGUGUGCUUGCGAACAUUCGAGUACCUGUCUUACCUGCAACGCCACAGCAUUACUCACUCGGAAAGCAAGCCCCACAUCUGCCGGGCAUGUGGCAAAGCUUUCAAGCGCACGUCCCACUUGGAGCGCCAUAAGUACACCCAUUCUGGCCGGAAGCCUCAUCAGUGCCCCAUCUGCCAGCGCCGUUUCCGUGACUCUGGAGAGCUCUCCCAUCACCAGCGGGUGCACACUGGUGAGCGGCCCUACCAGUGUGAAGCAUGCCACAUGCGCUUCGGGGAACGCAACACCCUCCAGAGGCACAUCCGCCGGAAGCAUCGUCUGCAGCUCCUCCCCACACAGUAA